GGUCAGUAAGUUUUAAGCUGUCGUUGGGUGAAAAAUUGGAUCUUUCUGGGGAAGAAAGGAGGCCAAGAAAAAUGGCAUUACAGGCUGCCGGGGUUUCAACCUCCAAGGUGCUCGUCCUCGUUGGAGCAGGCUUGACCGGUUCUAUCGUUUUGAGGAGCGGGCGAUUAUCUGAUCUUAUUGCACAGCUUCAUGAGUUGUUGAAGGGUGUAAACGAAGCUGAGAUUUUGUCAGAGAAAUAUGAUGGUGCACUUAUCAGAGAUCAGAUUCAACAAUUGGCUCGAGAAAUCAGGGAGUUAACCUUAUCUGGCCCUGUAACCAUCUUCAAGGAGAACUCUGCCUCCAGUGGGAAUUAUGCUUCAUAUUUAGUUCCAGCUGCUGCACUUGGUGCAAUGGGCUAUUGUUACAUGUGGUGGAAGGGCUGGUCAUUAUCUGAUGUAAUGUAUGUAACAAAGCACAAUAUGGCAAAUGCUGUUGCAACUGUGUCCAAACAAUUAGAGCAUGUCCAUGAAACAUUGUCUUCUACAAAAAGGCAUCUGACAAAGAAGCUGGAAAACUUGGAUUGGAAGAUGGAGGAGCAGAAGGAAAUAAGUGAGCUUAUUGCAAAUGAUGUGAAUGAGGUGAAAUCAAACCUUUCUCAAAUUGGGUUUGAUGUUGAAUUAAUUCAUCAAAUGGUCGCUGGGUUGGAAGGGAAGGUUGAGCUUAUUGAGAGCAAACAGGAUGCCACCAACUCAGGUCUAUGGUAUCUAUGCCAAGUAGCAGAAGGCUUCAAAGAUGGGUUGGAUACUAAACCAUUUCAGAAUGUCUCUGCUAAGCUAGGAAAGCAUUCAACAAUGGCUUUUGAGGAUAAAUCACUCAAGGGCCUACAAUUCCUUGCUGACACAAAAGAGCCAAGCGUGACUGAGAAAUCAACGACAAGCGCGAAAAAGAAUGAUCCUGACAACUUACCUGGGGAAAAGGUUCCAAGAAUGAAAACAAGAAUACACAGGUCAUAUCCAGUUGGGAUUUCUUUGACCCGGGACAUAACGGGCUCAGAUUUGUGAUUUUUUUCUUCUUUAUUUUUUGGGGUUUGUUUUUCUUCAUAUGUGAUUUAUUUUAUGAAGGGCCCCCUUCAUAUUGAUUCUUGCUGUAGUUUCUGGGACUCAUUUGUAUUUCAUUUGUGAGCAUGGGUGUGUAAGUUCUCUGCUUAGGAAAGUGCAGGGAUUGCAAUUGCGAUGACUUCAUUGUCAUACAUGUGUAAAAUAAAGUCAAAUAAUCUGUGUUUUGUGAUGACGUUUGGAAUAUAUGAAAACUCUGGUUUGCCAAGAAA